GUACCUCAGCAUUUACCUUGCCCCUAGCACUUCUACCUAUCGAUACCCAGCAUUGGCCCAAGUCAAAACGGAGCGUCUCUGGCAUUCCGUACAGAUAUCGGAGCUGUCCCUACCAUUUCCUGUGCCAUGGUAUAAAUGGGCAAGCUGCCGCCGAGGCAAACAAACCAGCAAUCACCAUGGACGCGCCACCAGUCAAUCUCUCGGAGCUCCUCCGCCAUCCGGAUGACCUCGACAAGAUCACGGCGCUGAAGCAGGAAUUCACGCGCAAGAAGGCUGCUGUGGACUUACAGCUACGGGCUGGCCUGCAUGACCAGCUGGAGAUGACACAGUCAGGCAUGACUGGCCUGACAGACGGCCAGAAGACGGUCCAGCAGAUCAAGGAGGAGAUGAUCAAGAUCGACAAACUGUGCUCCGAGUCGCAGAACAUGAUCAAGGACUUUACAACGAUAAAUCUGGUAUCGCAGGCUCAUCGGAACUUCGGGGCUGUCGAGACCAUGCGCAAGAAUCUCGAGACCUUCAAUGACCGACUGAACGUGGUCGAGGACAUGCUGCGGCAGGAUGAUGCCGAUGCGGAGAACAUGCCCAACCUGCUGCCAAUCCACUACGAGCUCACCCAGCUACGGAAUAUUCGAGACGAUGCGAUGGAACAAAUACAGCGAGGGGAUGAUUUGAGUCUGCAGUCGACCUUGGAAGAUUACUUCGAGAGGCUGGAUGGGGCAAUCGACUGGUUCGACGAACACGUGGGCUUGAUAGCAAUGAGCCUGGUCAACCUAGUGACAUCCGAUAAUAAUUCCCUGGUGGUGCGGUUCGCAUUGGUCAUUGAGUCUGAGGAGAAGAGUGACCAGCGGGUGCUUGCCCUGCAAGAGGCAUUGAAGGACCAUAAGGAAAUCGCAACAAGAUUUCAGAGCAUUACGGACGGAGCCAAGGCAGUACGAGGCUAUAAAGAGAAGUUCCUGCAGGCUAUCAAGGCAUUUGCAGAUGCGCAGUUCACAGCCACUCGGGAAGAGUUCCUGGCAGAUCCGUCAAGGCUUGAGAAGCUCUUGAAGUGGUACUUCAAUGAUCUCAAUGCCGUUAGGGUCGGCAUGGUCCCACUGAUGCCCAAGAAGUGGAAGAUCUAUAAAACUUACACCAACACCUAUCACGGCCUUAUGCAUGAUUUCCUCGUGGGCCUCAUCGAUGACCCCGACAGCAGCUCCUCACACACCCUGGAGAUCAUCGGGUGGCCAGAGAAAUACUACAGGAAGAUGAACAAGCUGGGCUUCAAGCAGGAUGAGCUCACCCCACACGUCAUCGACAACCGGGAGACUGAACUUGUCAGAGACUUCCGCGCCCUCAUAAUCAAGUUCCUCGACGAGUGGAUCGACCGGAUAUUUAAGCAGGAACAGAAAGACUUUGCCGAUCGGAACGCCGAGGGCUCAAACUUGGACCAGGACGAGUACGGUUACUUCCGGACUAAGAACCUCGUGGAUAUGUGGAGGAUGCUCCGGGAACAGAUCGAUGCGGCUGCAAACUCCCAGAGGGCCGAUGUCGUGGAGGGUGUCAUCGAUGCCAUGUUCCUGAGGCUCAGAUCGCGGCAGCAGUCAUGGCAGAAGAUGCUGGAGGAAGAGGCGUCGAGAUACGAGGCCGCCAAUGCCGCCGAGCUUGAGGGUUUCCAGUCGUUGCAGGACUGGCUUGUCGCCACGGCAAACGAUCAGAUCGCCUGUAUCGACGAUAACGAGGAGGAAAACCGCUUCGCGUACCUCUCGGACUUCAAGCAGAAGUUCGAGCCCAUUGUAUCGCAGCAGUACAUGGAGCGUGCGGAGACAGAGGUCACGGCGUUGCGUGACGGCUACGUGGAUUUCAGUACUUGGUGUAUGGCUAAGUUUGCACGGCUCGUAUUUGUCGUCGACUUCAAGGCCGUGAUGCCCGAGUUCUUCACUGCCAAAUGGUACACCAACACCUCUAUGAGCAGGAUGAUUGCGACUUUCGAGGAGUACGUGGCCGACUACCGGCAGGUGCUGCACCAUUCGCUGGUGGACAUCUUCAUCGAGAUCUUCGCCGAGGAACUGCUGGUCCGCUAUCUCUCGUCGGUCCGGAACAAGGGAGCCAAGUUCCGGCGGACGGACCAGUACCAGGACAAGAUAUUUGACGACCUGUCCACCGCGUUCGACUUCUUCAGCAACGUGCCGAAUCCAGACGUGGGGAACUCGAUCAAGGAAACCUGGAGAGUGUCCGAGCCGUUCUUACAGCUCCUCUCGGCCGACAAAGAAGCCGUGCCGGACGCCUUCGAGUCGUUCAAGAGUGCCUACUGGGACCUGCAGAUCAGCUGGGUUGAGGCUGUCCUAAGAUCGAGGGAUGACUUUGAGCGGAGCAUGCUGAACGCCGUAAAGGCUCGUGCCGCGCAGAUGAACGUGGUGAGGGGUCCGGAGACGAUCAUGAGCAAGGUUAAAUAAAUGCGCGUCUUUGUGAGGUAGAUAGCCAUGGAGUUUUAGGAGUUAUGCGAGGGAGCUCGUUCCUCGGGGUUUGAAAGGGGCUAGUUUUCCCUAUCCUUCUAGGCAGUUAACACGCUCUCGGCUACAUUGCAUGAAAUGUGACAGUUUUUGGUCGAGGAAAGAGACGUAGUUGGAUUAUCUUGGCUAAAAAUAUCUUGCCAAACCUAGUCCCUCGACGAGCAUCGGGGGCUUCUUCGGCUUGGUCUCUGAUUUGGCUGAGAGAAGGCCUCUGGAAAUUCCCCGAGAGAAUCUAGGGGUCAGGACGCACGGGCCCCAAAAGUACCUGAAAACACCAAUUCCGCUAGUCCGCUUCUAGCUUAGCGUCUCGUUUAGCAUUAGGGCUCAAUUCUUUCGAAAAGUCCACCAGGAUCUUCAGCC